UUUUGCAUUUGUCUAUGAAGCUCAAGAUCUUGGAAGUGGCAAAGAUUAUGCUUUGAAGCGACUGUUGUCUAAUGAAGAGGAAAAGAACAAAGCCAUCAUUCAGGAAGUUUGUUUUAUGAAAAAACUUUCAGGUCAUCCCAACAUUGUCCAGUUUUGCUCUGCAGCAUCUAUAGGAAAAGAAGAAUCAGACACGGGGCAGGGCGAGUUUCUUCUGCUUACAGAGCUGUGUAAAGGACAGCUGGUAGGAUUCUUAAAGAAAGUAGAAUCCAAAGGACCUAUCUCUUGUGACACUGUUUUGAAGAUUUUUUAUCAGACCUGCAGAGCAGUUCAGCACAUGCAUAAACAGAAGCCUCCUAUUAUUCAUAGAGAUUUAAAGGUGGAAAACUUGCUUAUCAGUAAUCAGGGGACAAUUAAACUUUGUGACUUCGGUAGUGCUACAACUAUAGCUUACUAUCCAGACUACAACUGGUCUGCACAGAAGAGAGCACUGGUUGAAGAAGAGAUCACAAGGAAUACAACGCCAAUGUACAGGACACCAGAAAUGAUAGACUUGUAUUCAAAUUUUCCAAUUGGUGAAAAGCAGGACAUUUGGGCUCUGGGCUGUAUCCUGUACUUGCUGUGCUUUAGGCAACACCCAUUUGAAGAUGGAGCUAAACUUCGCAUAGUCAAUGGAAAAUAUGUCAUCCCACAAAAUGACACCCGCUAUUCUGUGUUUCAUGAUCUCAUUCGCUCCACUUUGAAAGUGAACCCAGAGGAGAGGUUGUCAAUCACUGAGCUUGUGAACCAACUGCAGGAGAUUGCAGCAGCUAGGAAUGUCAAUCCUAAAUCCCCAAUCACAGAGCUCCUGGAACAAAAUGGAGGCUAUGGAAACAAUGCUCAGCCUCGGACAUCUGUGACCUCUGUUUCACAGAGCUCCAAGCCUGCAGGGCAGCUCAACAAUUUGUACAAUGCAGGCCUGACCGUUGCGGAAUGUGACCAGACUUAUGGAGGGUUCUUUGAUAUUCUGAGGGGUGGAACAGAGCGAUUUUUCACUAAUAUUAAGGAUACAUCUUCUAAAGUUAUCCAGUCUGUGGCCAAUUAUGCAAAAGGAGACUUGGAUAUAUCAUAUAUCACUUCCAGAAUUGCUGUGAUGUCCUUUCCAGCUGAAGGUGUAGAAUCUGCCAUCAAAAAUAACAUAGAAGAUGUGCGGUUGUGUCUGGACUCUAAGCAUCCUGGCCAUUAUGCUGUGUACAAUCUCUCUCCAAGAACAUACAGGCCUUCAAGAUUCCAUAACAGGGUUUCUGAAUGUGGCUGGCCACCAAGACGAGCACCAAAUCUUCAGAAUCUCUAUAGCAUUUGCAAGAACAUGCAUUUAUGGCUGAAACAAGACCAGAAAAAUGUUUGCAUUGUGCAUUGCCUUGAUGGAAGAGCAGCAUCUGCUGUUGUAGUUUGUUCCUUUCUGUGCUUUUGUCGUCUCUUCACUACUGCUGAAGCUGCUGUUUAUAUGUUCAGUAUGAAACGCUGCCCACCUGGCAUCUGGCCUUCUCAUAAAAGAUACAUUGAGUACAUGUGUGACAUGAUGGCUGAAGAACCCAUUAUUCCUCACAGCAAACCCAUCCUGGUCAGAUCAAUUGUCAUGACUCCCGUUCCACUUUUCAGUAAGCAGCGUAACGGCUGCAGGCCUUUUUGUGAGGUUUAUGUGGGAGAUGAGAGAGUAACCACUACCUCCCAGGAAUAUGACAAAAUGAAAGAGUUCAAAAUUGAAGAUGGGAAAGCAGUAAUCCCACUGGGUAUAACAGUCCAAGGAGAUGUUCUCAUUGUGAUCUAUCAUGCCAGGUCAACUCUAGGAGGACGACUACAAGCCAAGAUGGCUUCAAUGAAGAUGUUUCAGAUUCAGUUCCAUACAGGCUUUGUGCCCCGAAAUGCCACUACAGUGAAAUUUGCCAAGUAUGAUCUGGAUGCCUGUGACAUACAAGAGAAAUACCCUGAUUUAUUUCAAGUCAAUCUGGAAGUAGAGGUGGAGCCCAGAGAUAGGCCCAGCUGUGAACAGCCACCUUGGGAUAACAUGAAUAUAAAGGGAUUGAAUCCCAAGAUCCUCUUCUCCACCCGAGAGGAACAGCAAGAGAUUUUAUCAAAAUUUGGGAAACCAGAGUUGCCUAGACAGCCAGGUUCAACUGCACAAUAUGAAGCAGAGGCAUCCCAGUUGGAGCAGUCUUCAGAAAGUGCACCUACUGAUACGGAAUCCCCACACAGCAGUAGUACUGAUGCAAACAACUUCUUUCACUCCCUGGACUGGAAAGAAGGAAAAACUCCAGAAAGUGGAAUAGAGGACAGUUCAUCUAAAAAUGAUCAUGUUCAGCUAUCUGCUGACAAGGAAGAGAGUGAUCCUUCAGAUGAGGAAUUCCCGACAUUUCCAGAUGAGGGAAGUACAGUAAUUGUUGAUGAAAAAGACUCUACUCCAGAAGGAGAGUUGCUUUUUGAAGACAGUUUUGAAGCUUCAUCUGCACCGUUACAAAAAUCUCUCCCUGAAGAGAAUGUAGACUUGCUGGGACUAGAUUCUGAUACUUCAGCAGAACAGAGACAACCUAUCUCAGAAAUAAACACUUCAUCAAGUAAUGCAGACUUGUUGAACAAUCUGUUUGUGAGUAGUGUGUCACAGGUUUCAAAUGAACGCACUGGAGAUCUUCUUGGACAAGGAACAGAUUUCUUUUUCAGCAGUCAGUGUCCAGCUGCUACUCAGGGUUCAUCUUCAGCAGCAGUCAUGUCUUCAGCUGAUCCAUUUGACCCAUUCACAAUGUCAUCAAGUUCAGAGAACCAAGCCCUGUCUGGUCCAGACCUCUUUGGGGACUUCCUUAAUCCAACAUCUACAGCUAAUACAGUCCCUUCCACACAAAGUUCACUUCCUCCUUCUUCCAGCUCAGAUUUCUUAAAUUUAGGCAAUUUGACACCAGAGCCGCCUAAAAUAUCAUCAUCUACAAGCCACCCAGAUCUCUUAAGUGGAUGGGAUUCUUGGGCAGAUUCCUCAACAACCAGCAAUGUAGCAUCACCACAGCUGAAGCCUGUUUGUGAAGGCCAAGCUUUUACCACUGGAAGCCAGUCCAGCGUGUCUUCAGGCUUGUCUUUCAGCCAGACGAAAGCUCAGAACUUUGAUCCUUUUGCUGAUCUUGCCAGUCUGGGAUCUGGUCUUCCAGGUUCAUCCACUGGUGGACUCUUGGGUAAUGGAUUUAGUCAGAAGACUGCUUCAUCUCAGAAGCUGGGAAAUCAGUGGCAGAAAUCCCCCAAACCACCAAGUACUUCAUGGCAGUCCCAAACUAAGUCCAGCACAACAGCUAAGCCCAACUACACAGUAAACAUGAGUGUUAUUGGAGGACGAGAAGAAAGAGGAGUCAGAGCCCCAAGCUUUGGUCAAAAGCCAAAAGUUUCAGAAAAUGACUUUGAGGAUCUCUUAUCUAAUCAAGGAUUCUCAGCGAAAUCUGAUAAAAAGGGACCAAAGACAAUUGCUGAGAUGAGAAAACAAGAGAUGUCUAAAGAUAUGGACCCCUUGAAACUCAAGAUUCUUGAAUGGAUUGAAGGAAAGGAGAGGAAUAUCAGAGCAUUAAUAUCCACUCUUCAUACAGUGCUUUGGGAAGGGGAAAGUAAGUGGAAACCGGUCAGCAUGGCAGAUUUAGUAACUCCUGAACAAGUCAAGAAGUAUUACAGGAGAGCAGUGCUUGUGGUUCACCCUGAUAAGGCCACAGGACAACCCUACGAGCAAUAUGCCAAAAUGAUCUUCAUGGAAUUGAAUGACGCAUGGUCAGAGUUCGAAAACCAGGGAUCAAAGUCCCUUUUCUGAAAUUUCACCUUUCACAGAACUGCUUCCAGAAACUGGAGCUGAGCAUUGUUGUGACUUUAUUGCGCCUGAGAUUUAUGGAGCGCUUUUCCACGAUUUCAGCACAGUUUCUAGUCAUGCACUUAAAUGUGGGGAUGUAUUUUGUAAGAUGUAGAGUACAAAGCAUUACAUAGAUGCAUUAAGAAAAAAGCUGCUGAGUACCUGUAGAAAUCACAGUUUGGGAGUAAAGGUUUCUCUUCAGUUUUGUAUAAGAAAAAUAGAAUUUUAAUGAAGUUAAGUAAUUAGUGAUAGGCUAGUAUUAUUAUAAAUCAUUCCAACUUAAUUGAUCUUUGCUGUACCUCUACCAUCUCAAAUUUGUCUGUUACUUUGAGUAGUUUUGUGAUUCAAUCUUGAUAUUUGGUGCCUGUCGCCUUCUUCAAAGUGCUUUAGUUAGCAGCAGUGAAUUUGCUUGGCUUAUCUCAAAACUAAGGGUGUAUAUUUUCAUCUGUAUUUUAUAUAAUCACUCUGAUAAUCAUUCUGUAAAUAAUGUUUUCUGGUAAUAUCUGUGUUCUUUACAAUAGAGUAACAGUUGUUUAGCCAAAAUGACACCACCUGUGGGAAUGUCAGACAGGGUUGUUCUAGAUUGUUUUUGUUGUUUUUGUUGGUUGGUGGGCUUUUUUGUUUUUGUUUUUAACGUAUCAUGAAUCUAAAAAGAAAUUUUGACUCUGAGGUCUGCCUGUUCCUGCUGUUUUGUUUAUUUAUUGCAGUACUCUGACCUGUGCUUAUUUUCCUAGUUCUUUAAAUGGCGUCUCUUGCUUCUGAAUUCAGUGGAAUGUUCCUUUCAUUGCACUUCAAAUACUCUGAUAGAAACAAUGUAACUCUGAAACUUGAAGUGUAAGCAAGAACCUUUUACUUUGCUUUGAUUUGUCUGAGUAUUGAAUCACUCAUUAUCAUCUGGUGAGCAUUUAAAGUGCUUUAACAAACAUUUUGCUGCACGUUUGAAACCUUUUAUGUUUUUGAGAUAUGCAUGGCAUCAGUGCAUGUGAAAACAUGGUGUGUCUUGGUAGACUGUUGAAUUUCUACUCACCUAUUAACAUGCACUGCUUAGUGUGAGGUGAGUAGAGACACAACUUGGUAACAAAACUUGCCAUGUUUUCUCAUCCCUGUUUGGAAGGUACUUUUUCACUAGUGCUGGGGUGGAUGAUGCAAAUGACCAAUGACUGUUAUACUCUGUGUAAUAACAAAAUGCAAUUUUCAUAUCAAGUUUGAAAAUGUUGAAAAUUAGUGCUGGGAUAUUAAAUCUUCAGCAGCAGUCUCUUGAUACCUGACAGUUGGGCAUUCAAGGGGAUAUUUUGAUCACUUGCCUUUUUAUACAUUUUGCAUGCUUAACUGAGAGGGAAGCUGUAUUAUUAGCAGAGGUAACUGUUCAGCUUAGCAAUAUCUGAACAGGAAACAUGAGAUUCUAAUUCCACCUGGAAGGUGUGUUGGAUGAGAUUUUCCACUGCUGCACCAGCCUGAGAGCUGGUGGGUUAGAGACUGCUGAACAUUUGCCAUGUCUGGUCUCUAGCUCUGAUAUAACACAGUUACUUAUUAACCUCCGAUCAAAGGUUUUGAUUGUGUAUAUUUGCAUAUAUAUUCAGCUGCUGUGAUUUUUUUAAGGUGAAGCUAGGAUCAGUUAUGGAUCAGGAAGGUUAUAUAUUAUUCAUAGCUGCUGUUGUAUUUCAGUUACUGCUUUGAAGCAGUCUUAAAUCUCAGUAGAUUUCUUCAUAAAUAUAUGUAACUUGCUGUCUGUUUAUAAGUAAGAGCUGAUCUUUUUUCCUUUGGGACACUUCAUUAAUUCUUUGUGUAUGUGUUCUGCAACCAUGGAAAUUAAAGGCUUCUGCUGGUAGGACAGGUUUAUGGGAGACCUCUUUACAGUUCUAGGGCAAAUGCUGUCUAGUAAUAGGUUUAAAAAGAUGCAUAGAGAUAUAUAUAAUGACUUUGACUAUAGUUCUUUAUUACAGUUGUGAGAUAAAGCAUUUCUGAGGGGGCUGCUUAGAAUAAGGAAGGACUGCUUUAAAAAUCCAUGUUCAUUCAGUGCAUACAGGCAACGUAAUUUUGAGGCAUACAUUUUAAAUUGCUCUUUCCUUGAAAUAUGUGUUUAAAAAAUUAAAACAUGAAAAUUGUGAGGAAAACAUCUUCCUCUGCUUUGUAUAUUUGGUAGCAUUUUCUGGAUGAUGUCUACAUUAAUCUUUUCUAAAUUUCUCUACUCUUGCUUGCAAAAUUUCUGUGAAACAUCAAAGAAGAACCUUAGAUGUAAUUUUAAGUUAGCAGGGAAAACAUGAGUGCAGGAAUUUUACUUGGAACUGAGGAUCUUUUGAAAUUAGCUCUCUCUUUUAAAAAUUACAGAAAAUCAAGAAGUUUGGCUAUGGAUUCUUCCAACAGCCAUUAGAUAAUUUCUGGAACUUCAGUCGGGUUGACAGAGCCACUCAGCUUAUUUUAUGGCUUAGUCACCUCUGGUUCUCAGUGGGGGAACUGGCUGAUUUCUCUGUUGUACUCCUUUCUACAUCAUUUAAAUUUGCUGCUAAGAAUCUGGGAGAGGCUUGGUUUGGUAAACUGAUAAAUCUUGACAAUGAAACUAUUUUGGGUAGGGUGUUUUGAUUUUGGUUUUAUUUUUUGUAACUGUGUCAUUUGUGUUACAUACAAGAAUGUGCAAACAAUGGGGAUUUCACUAAGCAAACUGUAAUUUGGAAAUUAAAAAAAAAAUUCAAGUGGUGAAUAUGAACAUAAUAAACUGAAGUUUUGUUUUCUGUGCAACACAAAGCAGCAUGAGGACCACUAAAGGUGUUUCUUAGUGUAAGACAUAUAUUAGGUACAAGAACCUGGGAAGAGGGAAGUUAAAGUAUAUUUCAUAUAAAUGUGUAUUGAGUCUUAAUGUUGCUUUUAUAGGAGAGGGUCAUUUAGAAGAAAAACGUCCAGCAGUUGUAUGAAUUAAUCUUAAAACAGUAAUAAAAAAUGGUAGAAAAUCUGGGAAUGAGGGCUUUUCAACCUUUUGCUUUGUGCUUGGUCAUUAACUGCUGCAUGGACUGUGAGUGCACUCAGAUCAUGACACACAUAUUUCCCUGUAGCUGUAUCCUUAGUGUCCACAAACUGAAAAGCUUUUAGAACAGGCUUCAGAAACACAUGAUUAAUCAGAGGCUUGGCUGGAUUCUCUCUUUGCUUAAAAUGUUGGUUUUCCAUUCAUAUUAAUUGUUCAUUGCACAGUUAAGUUUUGAAGUGUUGAAGCCAUGUCCUGAAAGCUGAACUUUAUAUCUGCGUCUGCUGGCUAUGAAGCUUGAAGAUGAGGUCACAGGGUGUUGCCAAGCAGGUGGAUACACUGCCUACCAGGCUUUGCAUAUGGCACUUGAGGUUCUCUUAUGAAGCACCUCCUUGACUCUUGGAGCAAGUCGUGGGGCCUGCUGGCCCAUUCUGAUAGUUCCCUCUGUCUGGUAACAACACCUGACUAAUGUCAUAUAUUGUUUGCAGCCUACCAGGAUCGCUUUCCAAAAGUAAGUAGGCAGAGAUGGUUAUUGCAAGAAAAAAAAAAUGAAAACAGCCCAAGAUAGAUAGAUUAAAGGCAGAGUAGAGAAAAACCACCAGGGCUCUAAAGUACAUCUCAAAUACUGCUUUCUAAUUCUCUCUCCAUAGACUUAUUGCUACCUACCUCUGCUAAGAACAGGUGUUCUCUCAGGUAGAGAGAACCUGAUUUGCAGCUUGCUUUCCAGCCCUUUUAGAACAUUGCCAACUGACUGUGACAGGUGGGAGUACCAAGUCCCUAGCUUCCCCCCCACCCCCAUCCCCCCUGCCCAGAAGUUUCUAUAAAGCAGAUUUAAAAAGUGUUUGGGCAGGCGUCUGUUAUUUUUUAGUUACAUGGCUUGUGUUACAUUGCUGUUAGAUCUGGGGAGUCCAGUAACAUAACUUUUGAAAUAGAGAUCUGUGAAGAAUUGGUGUUAAGAGAGUGUGUGGCUGGAGUCUGCCUAAUAGAGGCAAGUGAUGUUUUCUAACCAGAGGAAAUCAGCUGGUAUCUUCAACCUCAGGCAUGCUUGUUUCCAAGUUCUGUCAGAGUUCCUUAGGAGCAGCAAAGAGCAUUAGUGGUUAGUUAGACAUAAAGCCUGGAAGGAAAAGGUCCUCAGCUUUGUUAGUUGGGUCAAGCUCAGCUAUUUUGCUAAUCAGUGGUAGCUUCUUCA